AUGAGUGCCACAUCUGCCACAUCCAAAGUUGUAACUGAAGGUGGAGCCUUGUCUCAUGUCAAUUUCCGAGUGCGUUGUGAAACGCUUGGUCAUGGAGAAGCUGUCUAUCUCGUGGAAGAAGGUGAUGCCAGCAUGCAAAAGAUAAUUCCAUUGUACACAACUGCGGCAGCUUAUCCUUGGUACCAUACGCUUCAGCCACUUACGAUUGGAUUGCCUCGAAACGAGCAAGAUUUGAAGAAUCCAAACAAUCACUACUUUCGUUAUCGAUAUGCUGUUCAUCGAGGAGGUAAAUUCCAUCGCUAUGAAAAUGAGUCAGAUGCUCCGUCUCAGAAGGAUGUUGGCGGAGAUAGUGACACAGCAAUGGAUAUUGGAAGCGAAGACGACGAAAAGAAUGACGACCUCAUAGUAUACCACCAAAUGCCAUUGAGGCUCUUUGCUAAUCGGGAAUCCUAUGUGGUAAAUGAUGUUUUGGGAAAAACCACUGGUCCUCCGGAUAUUGAUCACAUUCGGCUGGAAACACAUACUUCAGAAGGACGGACAUCUUCUAUUGCAAGUAUGCACUCUAGGAAUGCUUCCUUUGGACAAAGCACAUCCUUUACUGGUAUCAGUAACAAGGGAAGCACGUCAACAUUGAAACCGGCAUCGUCCGCCCGUAAAAAGGCAGUGGGAUUUGCCCCUCCACCUCCACCAUAUCACCGUCCAAAGGCAGCAGCUGCAUUACAAAACAUUCAUUUGAACAGCACAGACGGCUUGGUAGUUGUCUCGGCUUUUUUGCCAGUUGUUUUGCACCGAACUGAUGCUGGAAAGUGGUCCGCAGAUUGGGAUUACGAGGCGCUGCUCAGUAUGCAGACGCAUUUGCGAGUAACCCGAAUUGGAGUUGUCAAGUGGCGAGGAUGGCAUGGAAACUUUGGUAUGACGGACAAGAAACACGCGAGUCCAGAAGCCGCUGGAGUGCCAGUCAAUGAGCGGCACUUGGUCGAUGAAUGUUUACGGCCCUUCAACUGCGUCCCCGUAUGGAUGGAUACGAAAGUCUUUGGAGAAAUGUACAAUGGCUUUUGCAAGUCUGUUUUGUGGCCCGUUCUUCACAAUGUAACAUCAGUGUACUCUACUCAGAAAGAUUUGAAAGAGAAGAAUCCAGGCGGAGAUUUCCAGAAUUCGGAUCAAGAACAAUUCUCCGAAGUGUCCAUGGAUGAUGUGGAAAAGGGGCCUAUUCAUGGUGGCCAUGGCAGGGAGAGGGAACUGUGGUCGGCAUACAAUACUGUCAACCGAAAAUUCGCCGAGGUUGUUGUACAACACUUCAAUGAGGGAGACUUGGUCUGGAUUAACGGGUUCCACUUGUUGAUCCUACCAUCCUACUUGACGAGACGAAUCCCAAUGGCCAAGGUUGGAAUCUUCUUGCACACCCCCUUUCCAAGUUCCGAGAUCUUCCGAACACUGUGGUGCAGGGAAGAUCUUUUACGUGGAAUGCUAAAUGCCGAUCAAGUGGGAUUUCACCUUUUUGAAUACGCACGUCACUUUUUGACAUGCUGUCGCCGUCUGCUCGGGUUGAACUAUGGUAUGAUUCCAGAUGCUUCGGGCGGGCAUACGUUGGCAAUUGAUACCAAUGGUCGGCACGUCGCUGUCACCAGUAUCCAUGCUGGUAUCGAGCCCCAUGUUUUGAACCAAGUUGUCGAUCACGUGUCUACCAAGGCCGAAGCAGCCACCAUCCGCAGCAGAUUCCACGGCAAGACUGUCUUUUUGGCCAUCGAUCGAUUGGAAUCGCUCAAGGGAAUACCGCUAAAACUGUUGGCGCUGCAGAAUUUUCUCAAGCAGUAUCCAGAAUAUGUAGGCAAGAUCAUUUUAAUUCAAAUUGGAAUUUCUGCCUUUGAACGCGGCAGCGAUUAUGACCAAACAAAGAAUGAAGUGGAGCAAUUGGUCAAGAGAAUUAAUGACAAAUGGCCAGGAAGUAUUCAGUUCCAAGAAUGUUCUGAAUCUAACAUGCGGCUGCAACAAAGAAUGGUACUGAUGCGAGCUGCGGAUGUGGUCGUUGUGACGCCUAUUCGCGACGGAUUGAAUCUUCUUCCAUUGGAAUUCACUAUGGCCCACCAUGAUGCCUUGACACCUGCUGGUUUGGCUGACAAGCGUAAGCGUGGACUUUGUAUCUUAUCUGAAUUCGCUAGUUGUACAAGAGUUAUGCGAGGAGCCCUGCAUGUCAAUCCUUGGAAAGUAUCGGAACUUGCGACUAGCUUCCAUCAAGCACUUACGAUGACCGAUGACGAGAGGACGAGGAGAGUUCAGUGUUCAAUAGAAUUUGUUUCGCGAGUGACAACACAGCGAUGGGCUCUGGCUGUUUUGAUGGAUCUGAAGGGUGUCCAGAAAAGCCACAACCCAAUUCAAUACUCGGGUGCAGGCUUGGGACUUGGGUACCGUAUCCUUGGUAUGGAUGUUGGUUUUGUGUCAUUAGACUUCAGCAAGGUGGCGAAAGCUUUCAAGAAUGCCAGAUCAAGGCUUAUUUUGUUGGAUUACGGUGGUACAAUAACAGCGAACGACAACCUUGAUUCUCUCUAUAGAUUCAAAAUGGUAAAGGAGCGAAAAACACAUUCGAAUCCCACUGGAGCAAUGAUCAAUACGAUAAAGGAACUCUGUGCUGACAAGAAAAAUACUGUGUUUGUCGUGAGUGGAAAAGAACGACAUUCACUGACAAAGCUUUUGGGCGAUAUCCCACGACUUGGACUUGCAGCUGAACAUGGAAUGUUUAUUUCGUGGCCAACACCCAAGGCUUCGGAGAAAAGGCAGUGGGAAACGCUUGUGCCAAUCACGGAUACAACGUGGAGGGCACUGGCAUCGGCUGUAAUGGAAGUUUACACAUCACGAACGCAUGGAAGUUACAUUGAAGAGACCGAAAUGAAGGUCUUAUGGCAAUAUCGUGAUGCUGAUCUUGAAUUCGGAUAUGUCCAAGCUCGCGAACUCGAAGAUCACCUGUCAAAUGUGCUGAGGAGCUUCCCUGUAGACAUUCUUCAUGGUGGGGUGCAAGAAGGAGGGUACGUCGAAGUCAGACCCAAGGGGGUGAACAAGGGAAUGCUGGCCAUGAAGGUUAUCAAGAACUUCCCCUCUCUUUCCCAAGUCAACAAGGUCGAGUUCGCCCUGGUACUCGGUGAUGACCACUGUGACGAGCCCAUGCUUUCUGUCAUGCGUCAAAUUGGACGCCGUGUAACGGACGCACGGCUGUUGAAGAAAGGAGAUGACCCAUUGCCAGACCUUCCCGCUAGUUUGACACUGGUGGACGUUUCUGGAUGCGAUGAUUACCUUGCACCAAACCUUGAGGUGUUCACAUGUACUGUCGGAAAGAAGCCUAGUGCAGCUGCCAACUAUUUGCGUGACGUGACCGAAGUUCAAGAGCUGCUGGACGCACUUAAGAAAGCAGCAUCCAGAGACCAGAAAUAUUAUUCGGCAGUGAAUCUACAAGACUUUUCACAAGAGAAUACGGCAGUGCAGAAUACUUUGCAUCGCUUUGACAAUACUCUUGCUGGAGCUUCCAUCAAACGCCAUUCGAGUCUGGGGAGUCUGAGUAGUGGUGUAGGAAUGUACGGCAGUGAUCAGAAAGUCAGUGCCAACUUGGGAGAAUACCUCGGAGGAUUCGACGACGUGGCCGAAGAAGAUGAUAAUAUCUUCUUCUAA